AUGUCUAAAAUAGGAGAAGGCGGCUACCGCCAAAUCAACAAAUCUCUCAAUAUCUGUGCUUUUGAGGACUAUCUUACCAGCCAGAUGUCCAAUCUUCCUUUCAUUCCAGAUGUAGAGCAAAUCAGUCCACGUGUGAUCCGGGUGCUUGGACAGAACCCGGGAAAGUUUACACUCCAAGGAACAAAUACAUACAUCAUAGGCACAGGGUCAGAAAGAUUGAUCGUUGAUACGAGUCAAGGAAUUCAAGGCUGGGCUGAUUUGAUCGAGUCCACUCUUUCUGAGAUGGGUUUCUCCUUGUCGCAUGUGCUCCUCACGCAUUGGCACGGAGACCACAGCCUCGGCGUCCCACAACUAAUCGAACUCUACCCCGACUUGGUGGACAGGAUAUACAAACACUCUCCCGACCGGGAUCAGCAGCCCAUUGUUAACGGUCAAAUAUUCCGCGUUGAGGGCGCCACAGUCCGUGCUUUACACACUCCGGGCCACUCCCAUGACCAUAUGUGUUUCAUCGUGGAGGAGGAUAACGCCAUGCUGACAGGAGAUAACAUCCUGGGUCACGGAAGUACGGCUGUUGAGGAGAUGAGCACAUACAUGAAGACUUUAAGGAAAAUGCAGGCUCAGAAUUGCCAGAUUGGGUAUCCCGCGCAUGGAACGGUGAUCAAGGAUUUGCCAACAAAGCUGACGGGAGAAUUGGCGCAAAAGAUUCGCCGAGAACGACAAGUACUGCGAGCUCUGGACCAGUCCAAGGCUCGGGACCUAAUGGCGGGAAAGCACAAGCCACAAGGUCUCACCGUCACUGAGCUCGUCACGGCUAUCCAUGGCCGUGCUUUGGAUGAGGAGGUCAGGAAACUGGCAGUGGAGCCCUUCAUCGAUGAAGUACUUCGAAAGCUUGCGGAAGAUGGAUCUGUGGCCUUCAAGUUGAAGGGAGGAAAGAAGAAGUGGACUACAUUGUAA